AUGUCCGAAACCGAUACAAGCUCUUUUCAAUAUUCGAAGACGUUCCAUGCGAAAGUAGUGAAGAGGGACCGUUCUGUCGUCACGUCGAAGUGCAAACUGAGAUUUCAUGCGAUCACGUUGCCCUUGCUACCGAAGUCUCAAAUUUCCUCCAGUGGUAAAGAGGAUUCUAACGAUUGUCCUGAUGUGUUCUUCUGGCGUGCAGUUGCGACACAGCGAGCGAGUGAACUUGAUUGCAUAAGGGAAGAAAUUGAGAAGAUCGAGUUGUUGACGAAAAAGAACAUCCUCGAAAAGCAGGCAAUGGACAAGAAACAUGAUGAGCUGUACAACCAGUUGCAGAGCAUUCUUGAAAAUUCGGAGGACCCCGAUGAUUCGGGUCCACCCGAAGACGGAGAGCAGCAGCCAAAGUUUCUUCGCUUUGAUACUUAUAAAACUAUUCCUUUUUUUCAACCACAGAAGGAGAAACACGAGUUAAGGAGGAAAGUGACGCCUGCCAUAGUAAUCGGCAAGGAAAACCAAGAAACGCAAGCGACAGUUGAGGUGAAAGCUGCCCACGUACAGACUGUUGUUACAACUAUUGAGAAGUCAUCUCCAAUUACUAAAGAGGACUUGCUAUGUGAAGAACCAACAUCCUCGUAUUGGAGAGUCAUGGCAGAGAGGCUAGAAAAGGAAAUCGAUAUCGAGUUGGAGACUAGUUUCAACAAAUCGCUUGAAUUGGACAGGUCGUACGAGGACCUGGAAGAGUCAAACCGUCUUUAUAAGUUUUAA